AUGUCACGUUACCGAGGGCCUCGUUUCAAAAAAAUACGCCGUCUGGGGGCUUUACCGGGACUAACUAGUAAAAGGCCUAGAGCCGGGAGCGAUCUUAGAAAUCAAUCGCGCGCCGGUAAAAAAUCUCAAUAUCGUAUUCGUUUAGAAGAAAAACAAAAAUUGCGUUUUCAUUAUGGUCUUACAGAACGACAAUUGCUUAAAUACGUUCGUAUCGCCGCAAAAGCCAAAGGGUCAACGGGUCAGGUUUUACUACAAUUACUUGAAAUGCGUUUGGAUAACAUCCUUUUUCGAUUAGGUAUGGCGUCAACUAUUCCUCGAGCCCGCCAAUUAGUUAACCAUAGACAUAUUUUAGUUAAUGGUCGUAUAGUAGAUAUACCAAGUUAUCGCUGCAAACCCCGAGAUAUUAUUACAGCGAAGGAUGAACAAAAAUCUAGAGUUAUGAUUCAAAAUUCUCUUGAUUCAUUCCCCCAGGAGGAAUUGCCAAAACAUUUGACUCUUCACCCAUUCCAAUAUAAAGGAUUGGUCAAUCACAUAAUAGAUAGUAAAUGGGUUGGCUUGAAAAUAAAUGAAUUGUUAGUUGUAGAAUAUUAUUCUCGAUCGUUUUCUCACGAGAGAUCCCGGAUAACUGGAAAUUUGAUUGAUAAGACCUUUUCAAUUGUAGCCAAUAUCUUAUUACGAAUAAUUCCGACAACUUCAGGAGAAAAAGAGGCAUUUACUUAUUACAGAGAUGGUGUGAUUUGA